UUAAUACUGCGUAGUGUACCGGAUGUUCUUUCAUUUUAGCUGAGAUACGAAAAUGGGCAUGCUAAUUGUUAGCCUCGUGAAAGAGUGUGAAAUUAUACACUUUAAUUGUGUUUUCUGAUCUUGAAGGAGCUAGUUAAGGGUUCAACCAAAAACGUUGAGUAAGUAUCUACGGUAUUUCAAGUUAAAUUACUUUGAAUCAAGGUAUUAACUCAAGGAAACGUAGCUACGGAAAGCAGUUGAAGUAUUCAGACACAACACAGAAGUUGUUGGGAUCGUCCACCCCUAACACAGUGAUGACCUCACAGCAGCAUUCCCUCCCCAAUGCAAAUGUCAACCCUCCCCUCCUCAUCCCCCAGAACUCAAUAGCUCACCCGGGUAGGCCUCACAUUCAUCCAAACCAGCUGGACUCUACUCAGAGUAGUGCUGCGGGGCACCCUGCCUCCCACACAGGUCUGAUGGGCGGUGUGGGGUCCUCGUCGGUGGGGACCUCCAGCGGAGUUGCAGUGAAUAGGGGCACGUUGGCCUCCUGCACUAACUCUGCCUCCUCAAGGACGCCCUCGUCAGGACGCUUUGAACCCUGGCCCGAGGAGGCCGUAGACAAUACUUACGGCUUGUACUCACUGCACCGCAUGUUCGACAUAGUGGGAGCCCAGCUCACGCACCGCGAUGUGCGAGUGCUCUCGUUCCUGUUCGUGGAUGUCAUUGACGAGUAUGAGCGCGGUGGCAUCAGGAGUGGCCGGGACUUCCUGCUGGCUCUGGAGCGCCAGGGGCGAUGUGAUGAGACCAACUUCAGACACGUCCUGCAGCUGCUUCGCAUCAUCACACGGCACGACCUGCUGCCCUACGUCACACUCAGGAAGAGACAGACCGUGUGCCCAGACCCAGUGGAUAAGUACCUGGAAGAGACGUCGGUACGUUAUGUGUCCCCCAGAAGAGGAGGAGAGAGCAGGGAGGCUGCACCCCACAGAAGGACAGGUCCCCAGCCAGUGAUCUGCUGUUCUCCAUCGGGGACCCAGGUGGGCCCUUCCCGCACCAAGCCAGGCCCCCCAUUACCCAGCCGCAAAAGAAAGAGGGCCUACGCCACAGGUGACUGCAGGGAAAAGCAAACCUGUGACAUCCGCCUACGAGUGCGUGCUGAGUACUGCCAGCAUGAAUCAGCGCUUCUGGGAAACGUUUUCUCCAACAAGCAGGAGGCUCUGGAGAGGCAGUUUGAGAGGUUCAACCAGGCAAACACUAUCCUCAAGUCCCGGGACCUGGGCUCCAUCAUCUGCGACAUCAAGUUCUCGGAGCUCACCUACCUAGAUGCUUUUUGGCGGGACUACAUCAACGGCUCCCUGCUGGAGGCCCUGAAGGGUGUCUUCAUCACAGACUCACUCAAACAGGCAGUGGGCCAUGAGGCCAUCAAACUCCUAGUCAAUGUGGAUGAGGAGGACUAUCAAGCUGGCCGCCGCAAGCUGCUCCGGAAUCUGGUCACAGGAGUGGGGGCAGGGUCUGCAGCUGAAACCGCAGCCGCACUUGGAGGGAGCAGAGGGACUCCAUCCUAGAAACGCAUGCGUCUGCUGCUUUUAGCAGAGGGGGAACCCGUGUCCCAAAUAAGAGAACUUGACUUCAUGGUGAGGACAGGAGCAAGAAAAGUGAAAAGGCUGUUCUGUUUCAGGAAGACGUGUGAGGGAGAAUGCUGGGUGCCCUGCCCUUUCAUCUAUGAAGGGAAUGUGAAAUAAAAGUGAUCCAAAGCAAGUGAGUCAGGAGAUGUGGAACACAGACCGAAGAGAAGUGCUUUGAAAGUUGAAGGGCUUUGUUCUUUCUGCUGGAGGGACAAUGCUAAUAUUUUCUAUUGUAACUUGUGAGUUGACUAUAAAAUCAGAUUUUACAUUUUCUUUUGUUUUCACACAUCUAUUUCCCAAAAAGUGUUUAUGAAAUGUCCCCUUGUAGACUUUCUUCACAUGGCUAUAAGCAGGCAAGUCACUGUUGGGACAUUUUGCAUUUUGUUUAUUGCCAGGCUAGGACAGAAUCCUUGUAAGCCAGAGACAUUACCAUCAUACAAUUAUUUGGUAGUAAAUAAGUCUGAUAUUUUCUCACUGCUGGUACCUUGCUGUCAAAUGAACAAAUAUUGUGAACCAAAUCAACAAGAAUGAUUCACAAUAUUUGCUCAUUUGACAACAAGGUACCAGCAUUUUGAGAAGGGAAAAAAAUAUUAACCUUACCGAGAAGUGCUUGAAAAUUGUUGCAUCACAAACAUACAUUCAACAAAAUAUAGAAUGCAAUUUUUUUUAAGCGGUAAGUCAUGUUGAAGUCAUUUUGCUCCCUAAAUACUGUAUCUGGGCAAUUCCACGGUAGCAGUAACACUGAGAUGCCGAUGUUUCACUUUAAAAUGUAUGCCAAACAAAAACCUAUGAUUACAAAGUUAAACAAAGCAUACAACUCUAUGCACAAGAACUUGUUUUAAAAAUUUCCACAGAACAUUGCAUAUGCAACGUUUGGUAACUGAAUUACAGCACAAAUUGUUAUUCUGUUACCAAACUUUGCAUCGGUACUGUUCUGUGUUUUUGUAACAUUUUCAGUUGGAAUUGUAAAAAUAGGCAUAGAGUUGUAAGGUUUGAUUAAUUUUGCAAUCAUUGGUUUUUGUUUAACGUACAUUUUAAAAAGUCUCAAUAGCUAUGUUUCCAACUUGUCAAGUGAAUUAUAUAUAUUUUUUGCUGUCGACAUUUACAAAGUUUGCAUAGAAAAUGGUUGCGACAAUUGCCUGCUAUGGUGCGUUUCCAUUUAACUGUUGUGUGUAUUAAAAAAAACAGCUGGGCGUAAUGACGGCACUUUAAAAAAAACUGAAAGUGUUGAAUAAAAAUGAAAUGGUU